AUGUUUUUGGUAGAGCUCCAGUCCGCGGUGACUUGCCAACGCGCCAGCCAACGCCCAGGGCGCCAGCGAUGCCCCGAAAAAUCAUUCUACAAACGCUACCGCGAGUCCAAGGCCAGCAAGAGCGGCGCCAUCUCAGACGAGGACAUGCUCAAGUACACGGGGAAAACCAAGGCCGAGAUUAACGAAUGGUCCAAGAUGGCGCCGGGGUCGCGGGAAACCAAUCGGCGGGCAGCAUCACCGCCGGGUCCAGCGGUCUUGGCGGCAUGGCGGCGGGCGACGGAUACGGAGGAUGGGGAUGGGAUGCCAAUUCCCCGUGAAAUAUCCCCGCAGCAGCAGGCGCCGGCAGCGGACAAGAAGAGCGAAGAAGAGCAGAAGUAA